AUGGCGCUGCUGCUGGAACACGAGUUCAAGCCGCUGCCGGCUGAUAAGCAGAUCGAGACUUUGCCCUUCCUGGACGCCGUGGCGCACCUGCCGCCGUUCUUCGAUUGCCUUGGGACUCCCAUUGUCUACUCACCGGUCAAAGCAGACCUGACUGGAAAUAUCAAGAAAAUCCGGGCGGUUUAUGACUCCAACCCUGCCAAGUUCAAAACGCUGCAGAACAUCCUGGAGGUGGAGAAGGAGCUUCAUGGCUCAGCCUGGCCCAAGACAGGCGCGACGCUGGCGCUGAUGUGGUUGAAAAGGGGUCUGAAAUUCAUUCUGGUGUUGCUGCAGAGCAUCUCGGACGGUGAGAGGGAUGAGGAGCAUCCCAACCUCAUCCGAGUGAACGCCUUGAAGGCUUAUGAGAUCGCGCUGAAGAAAUACCAUGGCUGGAUGCUGCAGAAGCUCUUCACGGGCUCAGUCUACGCUCUUCCCUACAAAUCCGAUUUGCUGAAGGCCUUGGAGAAGGGUAAAGAAGUCAAGGAAGAGGAAAGCAUAGAAAAAAUCCACCAGUUUCUCACGAGGGUCACUCCAAUCCUGGAUGCAAUUUAUGAGAUGUACACGAAGAUGAACGCUGAGCUGAGCUACAAAGCCUAAAGCUGGCACAGGGUUGGCACAGAUUAAAUAACGUGUGAUGGGUGUUACCUAUGUCUUCAUCACUGAGGCAGCUGGGGCGGCUCCCAGCUCUCCAGUGACUUCGAUUCCUGUCUGCAUCUGCAGUGGAUAACGUCUUUUCUAACUAAAAAUUAGCAGUAAUUCAUUUUCUAUUAAGAAUACGGCAAUAAAAACAAUUGUGGGUGUCAACCUUGGAUUUCCCAAGAGGAAGAACAAGCGUUUCCAGUCCCAACUCUCGGAUUCCUGCCUUCAGUGGGGCAGGGAAUGAAGUGUCCUGCUGAUAGAAGAAGUGGUACUUGGAUUGUGCCUGGAACCCACCGACAGGCACCUCCUGUUGAUUGGCACUGGAUUGUCUGGAAUGAUGCCCGUGGUGGAGGAGCUGAUGACUUUCCUGGGUGACCCCAACUCCUCCAGUGUUGGUGUGGGAUCGAGCCCCUCCGCUGGGGUUCAGAAACCAGGGAGUGUCCCCGUGGUGUCUGUGGUGCCUUAUGAGCCCCCCUCACCUCCCGAGCCCUGGCGGGAGCAGCAGUUAAUAAAAACUGACAGUACCCGUGGCCUGGGAGCUUCAUUUGGGGCUGUUCAUGGGGGCUGUGUCAGGAGGGCAUUUUUAAGGGAAAGUGUUUUGGGGCUGGUCGUGGCAGGGCUCUUCUGGGUAGGGAGAUUUGUUUUUUUGUUUUUUUUUUUUUUUCCUAGAGGAGCUGUUUUCAGGAGGCUUUUGAGGAGGGUGUUUUGGGAGCCUGUUUUGAAGCUGUAUCUUGGGGGAGCUGUUUUUGUGAGGGUUUUUUGAGCUGUUCUUUGGGAGGACUGUGUCAGAGACAUUUAUGCUGGGGGAUUAUUUUCUGAAAGGUAUCUUAGAGCCGUUUCUCGUGGUGUGUUUCGUGGCCGGUGUUCCCGGGUGACU